AUGCCAUCACAAUUAUUAAAUACAGUUUUAUCAUAUUUAACUGAUAUAUUAUUAAGUUUAUCAAUAGUUGGGUCAUUUUUAACAAUAUUUACAUUUAUGCUUUACCCAAAAUUAAGGUCAUAUCCAAUAAAAUUGAUAAUAUAUUUAUGUAUGUCAAUUGUGUUUUCAUUAUUCUUUUUUGAGAUAUCAUUCAGGUCAUCAAAUUCGUUAUUUUGUAUACCAGCAGCAAUUUUGGUUCAUUACUUUUUUUUAGCAAAUUUCUUUUGGACAUUUUCAGUUUCUUUCAAUUUCUUUCAAAUGAUUGUUAAAAGGAAUAGAGAUUCUGAAUUUUAUGAAAGAUAUUAUCAUUUAAUUUCAUGGGGAAUUCCAUUUAUAAUUAUAAUUUUUUGUGCAGCAUUUAAAAAAUAUGUUGAUAGAGGUGGAUUUUGUUAUUUAGAAGAUCAAUACUCUGUUUAUUUUGGAUUUUUCAUGCCAGGAGUAAUUAUUGUUUGUUCAAAUAUAUGUAUUUAUGUAUUUGUUGCAAAAGAAAUUUAUAAAACUUUAAGACAUACACCAACACAAAAACGUCAAACGGUUAAAGAAUUUAGAGUUUAUUUUUCAAUUUUUGUAUCAAUUGGAAGUUCAUGGAUUUUUGGAUUUAUUUAUAUGUUUUCAGAUUCAAAUUCAAUUAUUGGAUAUAUAUUUUUAAUUUUAUUUUCAAUUUCAACAUCAUUACAAGGAUUUUUUAUUUUUAUUUCAUAUUGUUUAAAUUAUAAAGUUUUUGCUCAUUAUUCAAGAUCUUUCACACAAUAUGGGGUUUCAUUCUUUAAAAGAUGGGAAAAUUUGGAUGGUGAAACAACACAAUCUGGUCCAACUGGUACAACUGAUUCAUCAUCAACAAUGACUUCAACAACAACAACAACAAAUGUUUAUUCUGCAUAA